GCUCCAUGCACAGUUGAUGUGCAAAUGCACUAUUCCUGGGACUAUGCACAACAAGUGCAUUUUCCACAUCAUGCCCAACAAGUGGGACCAAUAUUUUUUAAGACCCCCCGGAAAUGCAAUGUGUUUGGUAUAUGUUGCGAGGGUUCAGGAAAACAAGUGUUCUACUUGAUUGACGAGGCUGAGAACACAGGGAAGGGUGCUAAUUCUGUCAUUAGUAUGGUUCAUCACUUUUUUCAGUACCAUGGAUAUGGAGAAAAAACAGCAUCCAUUCAUUUCGACAACUGCAGUGGGCAAAACAAAAACAACUUUGUCUUAUGGUAUGCUCUAUGGAGAGUUCUUGUAGGACUCCAUGUUAUUGUGGAAUAUUCUAUGAUGGUGGCAGGACAUACUAAAUUUGAUCCUGACUGGCAUUUUGGAGUCUGGAAAGUAAAAUGGCGUUCAUCUACAGCAGAAACCAUGAAUGAUAUAGCAGACACAGUCCGUCAUUCAUCCCGCAGAGGCCAUAACAUUCCUCAGCUCGUGUCAGAUCCACAAACACCUGUGCAGUUUAGGGACUGGAAGUCGUACCUUGAACAGUUCUUCAAACCCUUGAAAAACAUUAGAGGCUAUCAUCAUUUCCGAGUAAGUGCUGAGACUCCUGGUGUUGUUGAAUGUAAGGAGCUCUGUGAUUCUGUUCCUUUGUGUGUCAAUCUCCUGAAAGAUCAGAAUAUCCUUCCCUCCGUAAAUGAUCCUCUGCCUCAAGAAAUCCCAGCACCUGGUCUUGAGCCCAAAAGGCAAUGGUACUUAUAUGAGGAAAUCCGUGAACAUUGUUUAUCACUCUCCGCUAAAGACACAUCAUGUCCAAAACCAGUCGUUCCAAAGAAAGAGGUGAAAGUUUAUUCUCCUGUUCAUUCCACAUCACACUUGGGGAAAAGGAAGAAUCUUCUCCUUAGAUGAAGGGGAAUAUUAUUGAGUGUAAGAAAGAUUAGAAGUAAAAUGUAUACAUGUAGUUCCUGUUGUAUUACUCCCAGUAAUGUGUUACAUUGAUGUACUUUUCUGUCCAUUGAAUUUCAUUGCUUUAAAACAUUUGUUGGAAUUGGUACGUUUACGCAACUGUUUACAUAAGCUGUGUCCUAUGAGUAGUGUUACAUCUCAACAGUUAAAAAAAUGUGUAACAGUAUGAAAAUUGUUAACUGAUGUUUGCACCUUCUCUGUGACAUUUUCCUUUAAAUGCGCUUUUGAUAUAUAUUUAGUAUAACCAUGCAAAAAUAUUACAAUUUUAUUAUUUGAAAGCUUUGUCAAAAAUGAUU